AUGGAAUCUUACCUCGACCAUGCGAGAAAACUAAGCGCUAGAUACCCAUGCAUGGCCCAGUUCUUCUCCGACUGGGACCGAUUUGCCCCAAGAAGGUUACCUGAACCAUUGUCAUCAAGGCAGUUCACCUCUCGGUGCGGUGCUCUUGAGUUCGUGCCUGAUAAACAGCCCGAGUUUGUUGAUCUGAGCGACUCUGCAGACCUCCGCGACUACCUCGACAGGAUAAAUGCAGAGGCGCCGUGCCACAACCGGCUGUUCCUACUCGAGGACCUUGACGAGUCUAGCCUAGAAAUGCUUGGUUCUGCGCUACACAUCGAUCCUGUCGUGUUGGCUGAUCAACUAUUCACAUAUCACUUCUCGGAAAACCACACGAUACCGCAUCGUACCUUGCCGUCAUUGACGGAUGCAUCAAGAUCGUUUACCCUGAGGUAUUAUGAGCUUCGAGAAACCGAUGACCGCCUCGCCGAAAACCAGACGCGCCGCCGACGAACCUUUGCGCAUGCUUCUCGCCAGAUUGAGCGGUGGCGAGAUUUGGCUACUCGCCGUGAGACCCACGUGGAUGUAGUGAGGCACAAUGUAUCUUUCUGGUGCGGUGAAGGAUUGCCAGGUGAAGAUAAACCAACACCAGGUGCCUGGAAUGCGAUUCUUCUCGUUGACCCUCCAGUUGCUUCUCAGCCUGCAGCAAGGAAAGGUUAUUACUACGUCCUCGACAAGGAAGAAGACAAUGCCCCUUGGAGUCCACAAAUUCAGUGGAGCAAGCCCUAUCGCGCGGGAUAUAGCGACCUUCGCCCCUGGCUGUCAAGUCGCUCUGUUUUAGCGCCUAGCCGGCAGUCCAUGUUCGACGAUAUCAUCUUCUACUGGCUACGCGCAGAGAGACGGGAGAUUGACGCUGUCUUUGAUAGCUGCGUCAACACGACAUUAUUUGUACACCAGAUCGUGGCAUGCCACUGGAAUGAGUUUCUUGAUCUGCAGUUUAAAACCCUCUCAACCGUGGACUUGACUUCGAAAUCGAAGCGCCACAACUCGCCUGGAAAAGCCGUCAGCACAGCGGAGUGGAGGGAGGAGCUGAACUAUUACAAUGAGAGACUGUCUCUUCUCGGCAUACUCCAGCGGCGCUUGAUGUGGUACAAGCGAGAGAUGGUCCUUAAUCUGGAGCGCUUAGGUUUCGCACCGUAUGUUGCAGGCGACCAUACGAGCAUCGCGACGCCAUCAAGCCUUCGCAUCGCCGGGCGAGAUCUUCAGGCCAUACUAUCUGAAUUGGAUCGACAUGAGUCUCGAGUCGAUAAUCUGGUCGGCAUCGUGACCGAUUCGAUCAAUCUGAGCAGUGCCUUGCGCAGCCUGCAUAGCGCGCGUUUUGGCUUGCAGCUAUCGAUUGUCGGUGCGGUUUUCUUUCCCAUCACUCUUGUCGCCGCGAUUUUCUCGAUGGGCGGUGACUACUCGCCUGGCUCAAAAGACUUCUGGAUACCCUGGGUCGUAGCUGUUCCUUUAGUGAUCAUAUUGAUCAUCACGACAUGGCAAGUCCACCACACGCUUCUAUAA